CAAACGUCACUGUCGGACAGACUGAGCCGAGCACCGAAAGUUUGCGGAUCAAACUAGAAACCCUCCCGGUCCGGUGUUCCUGUUGUUAGUGAGGUCUUGUUGCUACAGCACCGAGGGAAUGGGCCGGAAGGUGACGCUGGCCACGUGUUCUCUGAACCAGUGGGCUCUGGACUUUGAAGGAAACGCAGAGAGAAUCCUGAGGAGUGUAGAGAUCGCUAAGACUCAUGGAGCCAAAUACAGACUGGGUCCAGAGCUGGAGAUCUGCGGCUACGGCUGUGCCGACCACUUCUACGAGUCGGACACGUUACUCCACAGCUUCCAGGUCCUAAAGACGCUGCUGGAAUCUCCCGUUACCCAAGACAUCAUCGUUGAUGUUGGAAUGCCCAUCAUGCACCACAACGCGCGCUAUAACUGCCGGGUCCUGUUCCUGAACAGGAAGAUCCUGCUGAUCAGACCAAAGAUGCUGAUGGCCAACCACGGCAUCUACCGAGAGAUGCGCUGGUUCUCCCCGUGGAGACAGCUGAGACACGUGGAGGAGUAUUUCCUGCCCAGAAUGAUCCAGGACGUAACAGGCCAGGAAACCGUCCCGUUUGGAGACUGUGUUCUGUCCACCAGGGACACGUGCAUCGGUACUGAGAUCUGUGCAGAGCUCUGGAACCCCAGCAGCCCACAUAUCCAGAUGGGGCUGGACGGGGUGGAGAUCUUUACUAAUUCCUCUGCCAGUCACCACGAGCUCCGCAAAGCCCACCAGAGAGUCAGCCUGAUCCAGUCAGCCACCGCCAAGAGUGGGGGCAUCUACCUGUACUCCAACCAGAGGGGCUGUGAUGGAGACCGGGUCUACUACGACGGCUGUGCCAUGGUGGCCAUCAACGGAGACGUGGUGGCCCACGGGGCUCAGUUCUCUCUCAAUGACGUGGAAGUGAUCACAGCCACGCUGGAUCUGGAAGACGUCCGCAGUUACAGAGGAGAACUGUGCCACCAACACAUGGACAAUGAAUUGAAGCCUUGUCGCAGGAUCAAAGUGGACUUCUCUUUAUCCGGAGGGAAUGACAUCUACCUCCCAACUCACCAACCCAUACAGUGGAGCUUCCACACACCAGAGGAGGAGAUCAGUUUAGGGCCGGCCUGCUGGCUCUGGGACUACCUGAGGAGAAGUGGACAAGCUGGUUUCCUGUUGCCCCUGAGCGGCGGCGUGGACAGCUCCUCCACCGCCUGCAUCGUCUACUCUAUGUGCACACUGCUCUGCCAGGCCGUAAAAGAUGGCAACGCCCGGGUGCUGCAGGACGUCCGCAGGCUGGUUGGGGACGACUCGUACACACCCCAGCACCCUAAGGAGCUGUGUGGUCACGUCUUCACCACCUGCUACAUGGCCAGUGAGAACUCCUCCCAGGAAACGUGCAGCCGGGCCAGAGAGCUGGCCGCUCACAUCGGCAGCACACACUUGAAUAUUAACAUUGACAUGGCGGUGAAAGGCAUUCUGGGAAUCUUCUCCGUGGUCACGGGUCGGCUGCCUCAGUUCCGUGCCCACGGAGGAAGCUCCAGAGAAAACCUGGCUCUGCAGAACGUGCAGGCCCGGGUCCGGAUGGUCCUGGCCUACCUGUUUGCCCAGCUGAGUCUGUGGUCUCGUGGGAAGCCCGGUGGGCUACUGGUGUUGGGCUCUGCCAACGUGGAUGAGAGCCUCACGGGUUAUUUCACCAAGUAUGACUGCUCCAGUGCUGACAUCAACCCCAUAGGAGGAAUCAGCAAGACGGACCUGAAGAGUUUCCUGCUGUACUGUGCCGAGCAGUUCCAGCUCCCCGCCCUGGGAGGCAUCCUGGCGGCUCCGCCCACCGCUGAACUGGAGCCUCUGACGGACGGACAAGUGUCCCAGACGGACGAGGCCGACAUGGGGAUGAGCUACUCUGAGCUGUCAGUGAUCGGGAGGCUGAGGAAGAUUUCCAAGUGUGGGCCUUUCAGCAUGUUCUGCAAACUCAUGCACAUGUGGAAGGAUGCUCUCUCCCCCACGGAGGUGGCCCAGAAGGUGAAGCACUUCUUCAGGAUGUACUCCGUGAACCGCCAUAAGAUGACCACGGUGACGCCGUCCUACCACGCUGAGAGCUACAGCCCUGACGACAACCGCUUUGACCUCCGACCUUUCCUCUACAACACUCGCUGGACCUGGCAGUUCAGGUGCAUCGACAGCCAGGUGCAGACGUCACCAGAGGAGCCAAAGCAAUAGGAGCCAGAAAGCUGCGGUGCUAAAAUCAACUGGAACAAAUCAAAGAAUCUCCUGAUGGAGACUGAAGAUAAAAAUCAUUUGAAGAUUUUCAUAAACCCACCGUCCUUUUAAUUGGGCUUUAACACAUUGUUUUCAGGGUAUAUAAAUGUGUGUGUGUGUGUGUGUGUGUGUGUGUGUGUGUGUGUGUGUGUGUGUGUGUGUG